AUGGAAGACGUGAGUUUAGGCGUCGCCAAACGAAUUCAUCGUGAAGUGAGAUUUGGCUCAUAUAUCCUUGGAUCCACACUAGGAGAAGGUGAAUUCGGAAAAGUAAAACUAGGAUGGAGAAAAGAUGGUAAGCAACCCAGUCAGGUUGCAAUUAAACUCAUCAAAAGAGACACGAUACUUAAAGAUUCGGAAUCAGAAAUCAAAAUCCACAGGGAAAUAAAUUCGUUGAAACUCUUGAAACAUCCGAACAUUGUCUCAUUAGUGGAGGUGAUGAAAAGUGGUAAAUAUAUCGGAAUUGUAUUGGAAUAUGCCAGUGGAGGUGAAUUAUUCGAUUAUAUAUUGAAAAAUAAGGUUUUGAAAGAGAAUGACGCUAAGAAAAUAUUUGCUCAACUUGUUAGUGGUGUCGAUUACAUGCAUUCAAAAGGGUUGAUACAUCGAGAUUUGAAACUAGAAAAUCUACUCUUGGAUAAACAUAAAAAUGUAAUUAUAUCUGAUUUCGGCUUUGUGAAUUCAUAUAACAAGGACAAAAAUGAUUUUAUGAAAACUUCUUGUGGAUCUCCGUGUUAUGCAGCUCCAGAAUUAGUUUUAACACAGUCGCCUUAUGAGGGUAGAAAGGUUGAUAUUUGGUCCCUUGGUGUAAUCCUAUAUGCAAUGCUUUCAGGAUAUUUGCCAUUUGAUGAUGAUCCAGAGAAUGAAGAUGGCUCCGAUAUUAUUAAACUAUACCAUUAUAUCUGCAGGACUCCUUUGACAUUUCCCGAAUACAUUAAUCCGUUACCAAGAGAUCUUUUAAGAAAGAUUAUAGUUCCGGAUCCCAAGAGGAGAAUUAACAUCAAUGACAUCAGGCGUCAUUCUUGGCUAGCACCCUAUGCCAACUUAUUAUCCGUAAGGCAACCAGAAUGGGAUAAAAUUCACAAGACAAAACUUGUAAUUCCGAAUACUGCAAAGAAUUACAAGAGAUUCUCAAUGGUCGAUGAAAGGACUAUAUCUGGUUAUGAUAAUAGCUCAUUUUUUGGAUUGUAUUCGAAUCCCUCAACAUCAUCAUCUUUAGCUAACGCCAUUGCCAAAUCAAAUGUACCUACUUCUACUGCUGAACCUUCAACCAAGUUACCACCACUUAAUUACCAUUCGAGAUCAUCAUCGUACACGUCAGCAAGUUCUGCAUUGAUAGCUGUUGUUGGAAAUGAUUUUUCAACAACAUCUUUGAAUUCUUUAGAACAGCCAAUAUUCGGCCCACCGAUGACGAACAAUUACAGUGGAACAACAAUCUCAACAAUCAAGGAACAAGAACCUUCGGCUUCAAGAGCCACAUCGGAAGCACCAUCAGACUCUACUAGUCAGGCUGUAACUGCAGAGUCUUCGAUUAAACAUCCAGAGCCAUUAACAUCAGGUAACAAAGAUGGACGUUAUAAUGUUAGGUCAUCAAACGAAGAACAACCAAAGACAAAUGCACCAUCAAGUUUCAGCAAAUCGGUAGGACAACCAGUUGAAAGACUUCCAGGUAGUAGAGAUUCAAACAGGUUACCACAUGCGCACAAAAAGCCCAGACCCACGUCCUAUCACCCGUCAUCUAUGUCAACCUCUUUGGGUAAUCAAAGUACAUCUACCUUACUUGAAUUCAUCAAAAUGCCCGCCUCGAAUAUGCCAAUCCUGCUGUUGUUAUCAUCAUCUCCGACUAAAUCUUCUAUUGAAUCCGAUAGUACUAACUCAAGUCCCCAAAAGAAUUCUAGAAGGGAUUCUGUGGUCACCCAUGUUCAUGUUAACGGUGUCUUGACAAGUGAGACAAGUAAUUUAAAUAGUCAUACCAAUAAGAGGAAUUCAGUUUUAAGCUAUUUGGAAGAUAAGAUAGACACAUUAGAGCUCACAGAUAAUCAUAGUCCAUCGAAAUCGGCAACGCCGCAAAUUAAUCAGCCACCAACUUUUGACGCUGAAUCUCCUGGAGCUAGUGAAUUAAACCAGCAAUUACCAGAGACUGUCGGUUCUCCAACUGAACCCGGAAUCAUCAAAGAGGAAGGUCAAUUGGAUUCAACGACUAAUGACAUUUCUAAUUCUUCUACUUUGAAAAAUGAUUCUACCGAUGUUAUAGAUGACCAAAACGACAACCUCGAGAAACAUCAAAUUCAAUCUGUUCCUGUUCUGAUAGUAGAGUCUCAAAAGACACCUAAAGAGCUGCAAAUAACUCAACAAGCGCCAAAACACAAAACAACUAAGCGUAAGGGACCAAAUUCCGAAUUGCCAGCUCCCACGGCACCACUGUCGAAGGGAAGGCUGAGAAGGCCAGAAUCAAGAGAUGUGAAAGAAUCCAACAAGGAAAACAAAGAGACUAAAAAGAAGAACAGGUUUAGCAUUUUAUCUUUUUACAGCAACUACAACUCAUCUGUCACAUCAGUGAACUCUUUCAGUAAUACAGACCAUAACACUGGUACAACCGCUCCAGUGAAGAAAGUGUUAGAACCCUCUACGGAAAUCAACGUUGCAUCAAGACCGCCUUCAAAGGAGCAAUCUAGAGUAGGAUCAAAUGGCUCUUCUAAUUCAAAAAAAUCAAUUAAUUCAGGCAGCGUAUCGUCUUCCGAAAAAGGGAAAGAAGCCAGUGCUGCAAAAAAGGUCAUGGACUUCUUCAAGAGAAGAAGUGUAAGAAUAACUUGA